UCCAAUCAAUAUUCCAUGCUCACUCCAUACCACACCACAAAACAUUAAAGAAAGUUUCUCUUUGAAUCCGUCUUUACACAGACAAACCCUAGCGACCCCACGGAAAAUUGAUUUAACUUCUCUCCUCUCUACUCUACUCUUCUGUACCCAUCAUCAUGAAGACCAAGACGCCAUUGAAGCAACUCAAGCUCUCCGUUCCUGUUCAAGAAACCUCAAUUUCUUCCUUCUUGACUGCAAGUGGUACAUUUCAUGAUGGCGAUUUGCUCCUAAACCAGAAAGGGUUGCGGCUGAUCUCAGAAGAAAAGGAAGCCCUCCCUACCAAUAAUAAGGAGCUUAGCAUCGAGUUUUCAUUGGAAGAUCUUGAGACUAUUAAAGUAAUUGGCAAAGGAAGUGGUGGUGUGGUACAACUUGUUCGUCAUAAAUGGAUAGGAGAGUUGUUUGCCUUGAAGGUCAUCCAGAUGAAUAUCCAAGAAGAAAUUCGUAAACAGAUUGUACAGGAGCUCAAAAUAAACCAGGCAGCACAAUGUCCUCAUGUGGUUGUUUGUUACCACUCUUUUUAUCACAACGGAGCCAUUUCUCUUGUAUUAGAAUACAUGGAUCGUGGUUCUCUAGUAGAUGUGAUCAAACAAGUUAAUACAAUUCUUGAACCAUAUCUUGCAGUCCUUUGUAAACAGGUUUUACAAGGUCUUGUGUACUUGCAUAAUGAAAGACAUGUAAUACAUAGAGAUAUUAAGCCAUCCAAUCUCCUUGUAAAUCACAAAGGGGAAGUGAAGAUUACUGACUUUGGUGUAAGUGCAACACUAGCCAGCUCUAUAGGUCAAAGGGACACAUUUGUGGGUACUUAUAACUACAUGUCGCCGGAGCGAAUUAGUGGAAAUGCAUAUGACUAUAGCAGCGAUAUUUGGAGCUUAGGCAUGGUUGUACUCGAGUGUGCUAUAGGACGGUUCCCUUAUAUGCAAUCUGAAGAUCAGCAAAGCUGGCCAAGCUUUUAUGAACUUUUGGAAGCUAUUGUGGAAAACCCACCACCAACUGCUCCAUCAGAUCAGUUCUCCCCGGAAUUCUGUUCUUUUGUGUCAGCUUGCAUUCAGAAGGAUCCGAAGAAAAGGUCAUCCUCCUUGGACCUUUUGAAUCACCCUUUCAUAAAGAAGUUUGAAGACAAAGACAUCGAUCUCGGAAUUUUGGUUGGUAGCUUGGAGCCUCCAAUAAAUUUUCCUAGAUAGAUAGAUAGGUAGCUCUGUAUUGUAAUGUUAACUGUGUGGAUAAACUGUUUGUUAUCCCAUGUAUCAGUGUUCAGUUUUGAUCAAACUUUACAUGGAUCUUUCCAUGAUAACUUAACAGAUCAUAUAAUAUCAUAAUUUGUUUCUUACCUAUUAAGAUAGCUUAAACUCCAAUUUCUUGA